AUGGGCGAGGGCGGGCUGCCCCCGGCCUUCCAGCUGCUGCUGCUCGCCUGCGACCAGGGCGACACGGAGACGGCGCGGCGGCUGCUGGAGCCAGGGGCGGCGGAACCGGCCGAGCGCGGCGCGGAGCCCGAGGUGGGCGCGGAGCCAGCGGGGACCGAGGCGGCCGGGCCCGGGGCGGCGGCCGGAGCGCCGGUGCCCGUGGACUGCUCGGACGAGGCUGGCAACACGGCGCUGCAGUUCGCCGCGGCCGGGGGCCACGAGCCGCUGGUGCGCUUCCUGCUGCGCCGAGGCGCCUCGGUCAACAGCCGCAACCACUACGGCUGGAGCGCGCUCAUGCAGGCGGCCAGAUUUGGGCACGUGAGUGUGGCGCACCUCCUUUUGGAUCAUGGGGCUGAUGUCAAUGCCCAGAACCGGCUGGGGGCCAGUGUGCUCACUGUGGCCUCUCGGGGUGGCCAUCUGGGAGUGGUGAAGCUGCUCCUGGAAGCUGGAGCCUUAGUGGACCAUCACCACCCCUUGGGCGAGCAGCCGGGGAUGCUGGGCAGCAGGGAUGAGCUGCUGGACAUCACGGCCCUGAUGGCCACCAUCCAGCAUGGGCAUGAAGCCGUGAUGCGUCUGCUGCUGGAAUGGGGCGCGGACCCCAACCAUGUGGCUCGGCCCGUGGGCUGGAGCCCACUGAUGCUGGCAGCACUUGCUGGGAAGCUUGGCAUGGCCCAGCAGUUGGUAGAGAAGGGAGCCAACCCCGACCACCUCAGCGUGCUGGAGAAGACCGCCUUUGAGGUCGCACUUGACCGCAAGCACAGGGACCUUGCAGACUACCUGGACCCACUGACCACCGUCAGGCCCAAAACAGAUGAGGAGAAAAGGCGACCUGAUAUUUUCCAUGCAUUGAAAAUGGGAAAUUUCCAGCUGGUGAAAGAGAUUGCUGACGAAGACCCCAACCAUGUGAACCUGGUCAAUGGGGAUGGGGCGACCCCCCUGAUGCUGGCAGCUGUCAUGGGGCAGCUGCCUCUGGUGCAGCUGCUGGUGGAGAGGCAUGCUGACGUGGACAAGCAGGACAGUGUGCAUGGCUGGACAGCCCUCAUGCAGGCCACUUACCACGGGAAUAAAGAAAUUGUCAAGUAUCUGCUAAACCAAGGGGCUGAUGUCACUCUUCGUGCAAAAAACGGGUACACGGCCUUUGACCUGGUGAUGCUGCUGAAUGAUCCUGACACGGAGCUUGUCCGACUGCUGGCAUCUGUCUGCAUGCAGGUGAAUAAAGACAGAGGCCGGCCCGGCCACCAGCCACCCCCGCCCUACUCGAGGCUCAGACAGCCCUGGAGCAUCCCGGUGCUGCCCGAUGACAAGGGCGGGCUGAAGUCCUGGUGGAGCCGAAUGUCCAACCGGUUCCGAAAGCUCAAACUGAUGCAGACCCUGCCCCGUGGGCUGUCCAGCAACCAGCCUUUGCCUUUCUCUGAUGAGCCUGAGCCAGCUCUGGACUCCACAAUGAGGGCGACCCCCCAGGACAAGACAAGCCGCUCUGGGCUCCCUGAUGCGACCUCCACGACCAAAGACAGUGGUCCCAGGAGCACAAGAGGAGAAAAGGGGGAUGCGUUAUUGACAACUAUGCUUCGAAAUGGAGCCCCCUUCACCAGACUCCCGAGCGACAAGCUGAAGGCAGUCAUCCCGCCCUUCUUGCCCCCUUCCAGUUUUGAGCUGUGGAGCUCCGAUCGGUCCCGGACAUGUCACAACGGGAAGGCAGACCCCAUGAAGACUGUGCUGCCCCAGAGAGCUGGCAGGGGCCACCCCGUGGGUGGUGGGAGCACAGACACUACUCCUGUCAGGCCGGUUAAAUUUCCCAGUCUCUCUAGAAGCCCAGCCUCUCCUGCCAGUUCUGGAAACUUCAACCACUCGCCUCAUUCCUCAGGCGGCUCCAGCGGGGUCGGGGGCGUGAGCAGGCAUGGCGGGGAGCUGCAUAACCGCUCAGGUGGCAGCAUAGACAGUGUCUUGUCCCAAAUUGCUGCCCAGAGGAAAAAAGCAGCCGGGUUAUCUGAGCAGAAGCCCAGCCAUCGGUCAAGUCCCGUGGGGCCAGCACCAGGGUCCAGCCCGUCUGAGCUUCCAGUCUCCCCUGCAGGUGGCAGCAUUCCCAGCAGCAAGCAGAAAUUGGAGAUCAGCAAAAGGCCUCCCUCUGGAACUUCCACUACCUCCAAGAGCACCUCUCCAACCCUUACACCCUCCCCUUCACCAAAGGGGCACGCGGCCGAGUCCUCAGUGUCCUCCUCCUCCUCCCAUCGGCAGUCCAAGAGCAGCGGAGGCUCCAGCAGCGGCACCAUCACGGACGAGGAUGAACUGACUGGAAUCCUUAAGAAAUUAUCACUUGAGAAAUAUCAGCCCAUUUUUGAGGAACAAGAGGUGGAUAUGGAAGCGUUCCUCACACUGACCGACGGAGACUUGAAGGAGCUAGGCAUUAAGACAGAUGGGUCCAGGCAGCAGAUCCUGGCAGCCAUUUCUGAACUGAAUGCAGGCAAGGGACGCGAGAGACAAAUUUUACAGGAAACCAUUCACAACUUCCACUCUUCCUUUGAGAGCAGCGCCAGCAACACCAGGGCCCCUGGCAACAGCCCCCCCAUGGCUGGGUGGGUGAGGCCAGAAGAAGCCGCCUCCAGCAAGAGGUAGUAGCAGCUGGGAUUGGCUCUGCUGGCAUCAGAGCCCUGAGGAAUCGAGUGCUGGGCUGCGGACCGCCGCCCUCCAGCUGUGCCUGACUUUGGGUGUUUGUGUCUUUGGGAUUCCCAGCAAGGUGGGCAAAAAGGAAGAAGACCGUCUGGCCAAGUCGUAGGAGCUGAGCCAGCAGGCAGAGAGCGGGCAGAAACCCCUCUUGUUCUGUCUGAAGACAUUGUUACACAGGGCAAGCCUGAGGCUGGGUGACUGUGGACAUCUGCAUUCCCCUGUACGUCCAAGUAAAUGCUUCCUGAAGGGCCUGGGACCCUGCCUGAGAUGCGUCUGCAGCCCAGAGUGACAUCAGCAGGAGGGUGUUGUAUUGCACCAUCCGUGGCUGCCCUUGCCCAUUUCAAGCAACUUAGUCAUGUCUUAUUAGCCAGUAGGUCUUGUUCAACAUGUAAAGGGACCUGAUAUUUUCCCUAAUAAAGUUGAUAACCAAAUUCUGCAGGACUGGCCAAGAAGAAAUCUGAGCAGUGAAUCUCCUCCCUGGGUGAGGGGGGUGUUGAGUCACCUUUCCUUGGGAGUUUCCCACUUGUCAAAUAUUUGAGGGCUUGCUGGGCUCCCUGCCAGCCUCAUGGGCUCUGCUCCUCCUUAACAUGAAGCCUAAAAGUAAACUUAGACCCUGCCUUAAUUUUAGCCCCUUGGCUGAGAAGCUAGGCCCAAGUAGACAGUGGGUCACUCGUGGUCGGGGAUGACAGGAAAUAAACACACAGAAUCAGGGGUA